AUACGGGACGCUGUCCCUUCAUCAACCCGAUGAAGCCAACAGGCUCCUGCUGGCCUGCACCUGUCACCCUCCAACCUCCCUUAACUUGGGAGCUCCCCUGGCCCCUCAUGAACCACUCCUCUAUUGGCUGGAACCAGCCUGGAUUCUAGAAUCUUGUCCCCUCCAAUGUCCUUGUGGCCCUGGAACCCCACCGCUAUUCCAAACUGUGCACUCUAGAAAGAGAAGGGCCAGCUGCUUCUCCUGGACAGUGUCGGCUUGCUCAACUCCGCCGUCUGACUGGAGUCUACGCUGCCGCCACGAUGCGGUGGCGGGACCGGCUGGCUGUGCUCUUCUUUCCAGAAGGCAUGAUGCUCACUGUGGCCUCACUGAUGCUCUUCCUUGUACACCUGAGUGUCUUUGCCAGCGACGUGCACAACUUCUGUGUCACCCACCACUACGACCGCAUGAGCUUCCACUACACGGUUGUCCUGAUGUUCUCCCAGGUGAUCGGCAUCUGCUGGGCCGCCAUGGGGUCACUCUACGCUGAGAUGACAGAUAACAAGUUUCUUCGGUGCUUUUCCCUGACCAUCCUGAUGCUAAAUGGAGCCAUGUUCUUCAACCGCCUGUCUCUGGAGUUUCUGGCCAUCCAAUACCGGGAGGAGAGUCACUGAGGCCAGAGGACCGGGCC